AUGCCACAGAGGAAAACUAUAUGGGGUGUGUCUGAGGACCCGAGAUCAUCGGAUUCGUCGAGGAUAGCCUUCGUUCAGAAGAGUAAUUUGUCCUAUUUCUUUCAGAAAUAUGUCAGCGAGGGCUCAACUGUUCGAGACUGCGUGCCAGUGUGCACAGAGAAGGAGGCUUGGAGCACGAGGACGUACUGUUGUCAGGAAGACGGUUGCAACUCAGCUCCAUCGUUCGUAUCUAGCAGCUGCUUGACGAUGCUUGCGAUCACGAUGGCGACCUUCCUGAUGCUUCGUGGCUAAUACGUCGUUUCCGGCGACCAAGAGACCGCGAAUGGAAGCAACGGGAUCCCUGUAACGCGAGAAUCACCGCGCUAACCGAUUAUCGUCGAUUAUUGUCCUGGCCCUCUUGCUGACUGGACGCUGACCAAUCGAUAGUCGUCGCCGAUCGAUCGGUCCAAACCCUAUCGCGUUCCUACCCUAAUCGAUUUUUCUUAUCGCCGUUUCCUGUUUCGACUUUGACUUUCAACGCUGAUUUUGAUUCUGCACGUUGGAUAAUUUCCUAUAAUCACCCCUCGCGAAUGCAAAAUAUUUUCUGCUUCUUAAUAGCAACGACUUAUUUCUCCUUCUUGUUCUUCUUCUUCUAUGAAUUGAUUUUAGUCACGAGAUUGGAACAAUGAUAAUCAUUUAGGAUAAUAUCGUUAAACGAAUGGAAAAUCUUUCAUGACUUUUAUUCUCGUCCAUUUUCUCUUCUUUUCUCCCGGAGCAAUUUAUCUUUUCAUUGUUGAAAGAAAUAUCUAUCGGAGAACUGUAUUUGCUAAUGAACAUGGUUUUACUAGUAUAAUACUCGGUUCGAACAAAUUCAUGUACAGAUAACAACAAAAUAUAAACAACCAAGUGCUAUCAUUCCUUGUGGUUAAAAGUAAUUCAAAUAUAAGUAGGAACAUGAUUCUCUUCCUUUCAAUUUUUCAGUCUUUGUUUUCUAGAACCAUUCGCGAACGAUCUUAUUCAGCUUAAAUUUAUUAUAUUAGCCAUUUAAAAUACUUUUAUUUCGUUCUACAAAUAAGGCUGAUUGUGAAAAAAUUCAAUUUUCUUUCUUCUCCUAGGAACUCUUACGCGGGUACUCUUCUCCCCGGCCGAAACAUUUCCGACAUAUUCCCAAUCUAAAUGCAUAUUUUUAUAUAAAUUAAACGUAUAUUCUAAGUUUUCAAAUAUUUAGCAUCGUAAUUAUUAUAAUCGCCGGCGUAUAUGUUGCCUAGUAAAUUAUUUUAUAUAAUAAUUCUGUUGACGCAAUUAUUAUGUCCUUGCGAAACGAAUCGAAUAUUCAUUACCAUUGCAUGUACACUCUUAGAAGAAGAGCAUCAUACCGAACUUGUAGUUACCCUAUAUACUGUUCCAUAAAUUCUCAACUAUCGGUAUAUUCGAAUAAAAAUUGACGACAAAGCAGGUUGCUAAGAUACUUCUUAUAAGACAGAAAGUACUAAUUUUAAGCGUUCUUACAUUUAUUUCAUCCUC